AUGGGUUUAGAAUUUCAAGUACCUGAGGAGCCAUUACAAACAUAUGCAACUUAUGUUGAUGCUAAUGAGCCAUUACAAACAGAUGCGUCUUAUGUUGAUAUUGAUGUUAACCUUUUACAUGAUGGAGAUGAAAAUAAUGAUGAAGGCAUGUUUAAUGAUGCACACAAUCAUGAGUUGAGUAUUACACCAACAAAAGUAAUGAAACAUCAUUCUCACGGAAAGUCUCAUCGUUCGUUGGCAUGUAAAUCUCUUAUGGUGGAACUUGGUCAAUCAGGGUUAUAUCCUUUACAAAUCAAAAAGGUCGUUAAUGCAAUGAAAGCUCCAUUUGUCACACCCCCAAACCAGACGGCAGAAAGGUCCGGGGGCGGGUGA